CAGGGCUAUUUAAAUGCCAACAGUCUUACUGUCAAAACAGCCUACAACAACAUGAUGGACCUGUUUGAGACCAACACUUAUUUUUUCAACGAUUUACGUUAUCUUGAGGGGGACCAUGGGACUUUGGAUAUGCCAGGAGUGUCCCCACUCUACGAGGGUAAUGACAGCCCUUUGUCCCCGGGACAGGAUCCGGUCCCGUCCGAGACAGGGUGCGAGAGCAGCGGAGAGGAACACGUCCUCGCGCCGCCGGGACUCCAGUCGCACUGCGAUGGUCAGUGUCUCAUGUGGGCUUGCAAGAUCUGCAAAAGAAAAUCUGCGCCCACUGACCGGCGGAAGGCCGCGACUCUGAGAGAGAGAAGGCGGCUCAAAAAGAUCAACGAGGCGUUUGAGGCGUUAAAGAAAAAGACGGUGCCCAAUCCGAACCAGAGGCUGCCCAAAGUGGAGAUUUUACGCAGCGCAAUAAACUACAUCGAGAAACUGCAGGACCUGUUGCAUUCGCUGGAUGAGCAAGAACAGAACUCUGACAAUGACCCUUACACAUACAACGUGAAAGAAAACCAUGUGGCUCCCAAUGAGUAUCAUUGGAAAAAGACCUGCCAGAGCUGGCAGGGGAAUCCAGAUCAUUCCAACUCCCCGAUGGCCGGUCACAGAGAAGGAGCCGCAGUGGAGUCUUCAGCAUCCAGCAGCCUUCGUCGCCUCUCCUCGAUCGUUGACAGCAUUUCCACUGAAGAGACGAAAGCUCGAUGUCCCGACCAGACCUCAGAAAAGUGAAGCUCAAGCAUCCCACCUCACAUUUCCGACUUUUAUUUAUUUCCAUGAGCUAGUGUAAAUGUUUUAAAUGUAAUAGGCGACACUUUCAUAAAUAGGUCAUUAACAAACAUCCUUAUAUAAUGCGAUCUAAAAAAUUAAUAUUUCUGAAAAUAUGUAAAAGAUUCAUAUAAUUUCCAGGCUAUCUAAUUUAAUGUAACCAUGUGAUCUGUUAUGCAUUGUAUAAUAUAAUGUUUUUAUUACAUUGCAAAUAUUAGUAAUGAAAAUGUCAUUAUGAAGUGUUCCAUUUAUUUUUCAUAAUUGACCAUUCAGUGUAGUUGCUGCAGGUAAUUCCAGGUUAAAUUAAGGGUCAUUAAUAUCAGCAAAAUGAUUCCUGUCAAGGUCUUCCUAAAAUGUACAUAUUGUGUAAUAUAUUGCUGUUUCUUAAAUUAUUUUAUAAAUGAACAAGAAAGAAAGAGCACUUGAUGACUACCGGAUUAAAUUCCAACAUUAAACAUAAAAAAA